GACUUUGAAACGGACCAGUCUUCGGGGGAGCAUCUCGUAAAUUUCGCGGUGGCUCAGUAUGCCGACGGCACUGAAAAGGUGUUUCCGGGUUACGAAGCAUGCCAAGAUUUCUGCGCCUGGCUGUUCACCCCACAACACAAGGGCUUCACCGCCGUGGCACACAACAUGAAAGGGUUCGAUGGGCAGUUCGUGAUGGCCUGGCUCCUGGAGCAAGGCACAGCGCCGGAGGUGAUCCCUAACGGGUCUAUGAUCAUGAGUGUAAGACACCCCAGUCUCAACAUUCGGGUCAUAGACUCGUUAAACUUUUUACCGAUGGCGUUGGCCAAACUACCGGGAUGCUUCGGUCUCACCGAAUUAAAGAAAGGAUACUUCCCUCAUCUCUUUAACUCGAGGGAAAACCAGAGUUAUGUCGGACCGCUGCCUGAAGCCCGGUACUACAGCCCGGAUACCAUGAGCACUUCAGCCCGACAAGCAUUUCUGUCCUGGCAUGAAGCACACAAGGGGAUGUGUUUAACUUUCAAGAUGAGAUGCUGGCCUAUUGCAGAUCGGACGUGGAUAUUCUUCGCCGCUGUUGUCUGGAGUUUCGAGCCCAGUUUUUGGAUGUGGCGAAUGUGGAUCCAUUCCAAUACGUGACCAUUGCGUCAGCCUGUAUGGCAACGUAUCGGAGUGGCCACAUUCAACCCGACACGAUUGCCAUGGUGCCUACACACGGCUACAUCAACUCAACGAAUUACAGCCCUGAUUCGAUCCGAUGGUUGGACUUUGUUGCUGCUUCGGAAGGCCUACAGAUUCAACAUGCGUUGAACGGUUCCGGAGAGCACAGAGUCGCCGGAAUCUCGGUAGACGGAUUCUGCCAAGAAACACAAACCGUCUAUCAGUUUCAGGGCUGUUUCUUCCACGGAUGUAGUUCGUGUUACGAUGGUGAUAUCAUACAUCCACUGAAAGGGGUUUCCAUGGCAACGUUAAGAGAAAAGACAGAAGAGACGACAAGAAAGCUUCGCACCCAGGGUUUCCACGUCAUCGAAAUGUGGGAGCAUGAAUUUCAAAGAGAGAAGGAGGAAAAUCCAGAUCUCCAAGCUUUCCUGGAUCAACACCAUCUGAGGGAUCCGACUCAAUCCUCGCGAGUCGUUUUUUGGAGGAAGGACCAAUGCCCUCAAAUUGUUCCACGAGGGAGACGCAAAAUAUGUGGAUUUUACAUCACUCUAUCCAUGGGUGAACAAGUAUUGCGUCUACCCUGUGGGACAUCCAACAAUCAUCACGGAAAGCUUUAG